AGUUUCACCUCAGCUCCUACUGUCUGUGUCCCUUACAGAUACACAAAGACUCUCAAUACUGUACAUUAAUGCACAUGCAUUCCUAGAUGACCUCAUUCGUGCUUUCACUCUUCUUCUUCCUUUGUUCGGUGAUUAGACUGCAGCCUUCCUGUGCAGAAUAGGGGCCAAAAAUUCAGAUGUGUUUCACUUCCUGCUCAUAUCAGAGCUCUUUGCCUUUUUCAAAUCCAGAAAAGGACACUUUCCUCCUCAGCUCAGAUAACAUGUCUAGACUGUGAUAGUGACUCUGUGCUUAUUUUAAGAGUCAUUAUCUAUUUAUUGUCUAAGCUUGAAAGAUUUCUUAAUUAAAGCAUGGCUAUAAGUGUGACUCUAAAGCACUUUUUUUUUUAGAUAUUUUUGAGAUUUGCAGUGAGCUGAGCUAAGUGACUGAAUUAUUUAUGUGGAUCCAAUGUAAUGAUAUUCCUGCAAAUUAAUUUGAUUUCCGUUAUAAAACAAAGUAUAAAAACUGAUUUGAGAAUUGGGAUUGUUUUGCUAUUUCCAGUCAGUUUCUUGCCAAUUCUUCUAUAUAAGCAUCUGAAAUUUCUGUUUUAAAGUAUGAUCGAUCCAAAAUAGUGACUCUUUUUCAGUGGUGUAGCUGCACAAUCUUAUUGUAGUUUAAGUUAGAGUUUUGUGGUGAAGUAUUUCAUAAAGCUUAGAAGCUUUAUUCUCAAACAUUGUUUGUUUUCGUAAAACAGAUUAUAACCUGGAAUGUGUUUAGAACCCCCUUGAUUAUUUUAUGGAAAUAUUUCCUAAUGACUAAUUUAUCUUUCUGGUGAUGAAAAGAAAUUGUUGUUAAAGUUUAAAAAGUGUCAGUGUAAAGCAACAGGUAGGGGAGGGGGAGUGCUAUAGUUUUGUUCCUUUUAUUUAGUGAAGGCAUGGUUGACUUUAUUGAGAAUCUCAGGCUUCACACUGAGGAAAUACCACACGGGAAAGUACUUUUUGAAAACUCUGGACUAUCCUUCAUACUGGACACUAACCAUAACCCUCUGCUUUCAUCUCAAACUGAAAUGGUAAGAGAAAAAGAUGGAGGGAAACGCGUCACCUUUAAACUCUUCCCUCCCUCUUUGAACCUCAAAGGGUUCCUUUGUUCGCCUGGUACAAAAGCUCUCAUGGUCACAUGGCCGGCGAGCUGACACAGACCGGCGAAGGGACAGAGACACGGAGAGGUAGAACGGGUCAGGAAGAGUAAAGCUGGGAACAGGGAGGCAGACGCGCUGCUUCCAUCCAGAUUACUGUGACUCACACACAUGGAGUGGGGCUAUGCGAUACCCUUUUAUGUGCUUCAGAUCUCAAGGAGCCUUCACAACAAACUGCGGUUGGGCACCGGCUCGUCCUCCAGCCUCACCGACCUCUCGCAAGCCAAAUGUUCUUCAGGGGCUGGGGAGAAGGGAGGGACAGCUGGGGGGCUGUCAGAGGAGGGCGGGAGGAGCAAAGAGACUCAGCAGAGGAGGGCCGGUGCCAACGCCACCUGGAACAGCAUCCAAAACGCAGUGAUCUCAGUUUUCCAGAAGAAGGAGCUGGGAGUAAAUGAACUCUAUACUUUAAAUGAAGGUGUCAGGCAGCUGCUGAAGACAGAGCUGGGCUCCUUCUUCACCGAGUACCUGCAGAAUCAGCUCCUCACCAAAGGCAUGGUCAUACUGAGGGACAAGAUACGCUUCUAUGAAGGUCAGAAGCUGUUGGACUCUCUGGCUGAAACCUGGGAUUUCUUCUUCUGCGAUGUUCUCUCCAUGCUGCAGGCCAUCUUCUACCCCGUGCAGGGAAAGGAGCCAUCGGUGCGCCAACUUGCUCUCCUCCACUUCAGAAACAUAAUCACCCUCAACCUAAAACUGGAUGAGGCUCUGUCUCGACCCCGAGCCAGAGUCCCCCCAUCCAUCGUCCAAAUGCUGAUGAUACUACAGGGAGUCCACGAAUCCAAAGGUGUAACAGAUGACUACCUCCGUCUGGAGUCUCUCAUCCAGAAAGUGGUCUCUCCCUACCUCGGGACUCAUGGUUUAUACUCCAGAGACGAAUCCUCUAAUUUGCACUGCUCAUCCUGCUUGUUAGAAAAGAAGCUGCAGUACUCCAGAGCUCCCAAAUCAAAUGGCUCUCCCACUGUGAAGAAUCCCGUGGUUCGCUCUAAGAGCUAUAACGUUCCCAUGCUGACGCCUGUCGUGGAGUACGACAUAGACACGUCCUCUGGCGGCAGCACGGGCAUCAGACGCCACUCCGUCUGUGAGAUGUCGUCUUGCAUGGAGGAGAGUAGCUCGCUGAUUAAAUCCGUCGUCAGGAUUUCUGAAAAAAUCAGCCCCUCCAACUCCUCCAUAUCUUCUACCACCUCUGCUGCUCUCACAGACACUUUAAGAUCCAGUCAAGACCUCCAGCACAGAGACAACCACAGCCCCGCGUUGCCCCACCUGCUUAAACCCCAGCAGCCCUCCCCCAGCAUCCUUCCCGAGCCUUCCCCAAGUGAGGACGCUAUUUGUUCUGGCUCACUGGAGUUGUUUGACUCGCCCUCUUCUUCUAAACUGCUUGCACAAGACACGAGUUCGGGGCCCAGUCCGGCCUCCAGCACGGAGAUGACAGCGGACCAGAACACAGAGUCUCUGGACUCAGAGCAGGAACAAGAAGGGAUCUUUCUGGACUUCGCGCACCAUUGCUCAGGGGACUCGACACAGAGCGAAGACAGUGACAGGCAGAGCAUGGCCUGACACUAAUACAGACAGUUAUUAGAAAUGUUAACACUGCCUAGCUGCAGAUAUUCCCCACACUCUGGCGCCCUCUGUAGUUUUUCUAGAGUUCCUACAUCUUAGAGACUAAAGCUGAAUUAUUUUUCUAUUAUGUGGAAUCACUAAAUAUGUCAGGUAUUUUUCCUAGGGCAUAAAACAAGGAGAUGUAAAAUCAGACUUUAUAUUUAUUUUUUUAAACAAACUAUUUUAAUAAUUGUUAAAUCUGUGUUUUUAAAUCUUAAGCUUUUUCACCACCGCUGGGCCUUUUACUGGAUUAACGGCGUAGUUCUGUUUUAGAAAGGUGGUCUUUUACUCUGUGAUUAAAUUUAUUGUCUAAUGUCUGUUUUGUAGGUUAAAUGUUUCAACAUUGUUAAACUAUGUUUUACAGUGGCAAUUUAGCCCUCAGUAAAAUGAAUGUCACUGCAAAAUUAUGGACAUGCAGAGAAAAAUAUUCACAAUUUAGCUUUAAUCUAAAGACAGGAUCACAUAAAAGGUAAUUUGCAUUUGAUUUACUAAAUAAAACCAUAUAGAUGUAAAUUAUUCCAAGUGUAUAAUCUUUUAAUAAGCUACAGGUGGUGACUCUUGAGACCGUGAAUUUAAGGAGUCCUACUGAAUCAUACUGUAUGCAAGACAUCCAGCUCCUUUGAUUUAUAUUUCUAACAUCAGAGUUCCUGCACAUUUUAUCACAAAAUAAUAAUAAUAAAAAACUUUAAAAAGCACCCUUAGGGCUCUCUUUGACACAUAUACCAAGUUUAGGAGCCUUAAGUUUAGUUCAAUUGAAUCUAAGGUAAUCAAAAGACCA